AAAAGUUGAGAUGCAACUCAGGAUUACUUUAGGUUUGGUUGGGACUUUGACAAGAGAUUCAGUAAAUAUAAAACUGUUACAUUUUAAACUCCACCUGUAAUUUUCUGUUUCAUCACUUGCUCUGUUUCUACCCACCAGAUGUCACAUGUUCACAGGUAGAACACGUGACAGACUGAAUAUAUCUGAGCUAAGAAGAAACUGAAACUAUCAGAAAAUCAGCAGCAGCAGCAGGAACAACCAGAAGAGACCAAAUAUGAGUGAUAAAAUUCAUCUUCUUGAGAAAAUGGAGGUGACUGGAGCAGCUGGACCAGAAACACCAGAACCAGUGGAACCAACUCUCAGAAUGGUUCUUCUUGGAAAAACUGGAGUUGGAAAGAGUGCAACAGGAAACACAAUCUUAGGAAAAAGAGUAUUUAAAUCUUUGCCCGCAUCUUCAUCAGUGACACUGAAAAAUGAGAAAAAAUCAGGAGAUUUCGAAGACCAACUUGUGGAAGUGGUAGAUACUCAAGGUUUCUUUAACACUGAAGGUGAGCCACUAAAGGAGAUGACUGAGAUCAUUAAAUGCAUCUCUCUGUCUGAUCCGGGUCCUCAUGUGUUCCUGGUGGUGAUCCAGUCAAGCAGAUUUACGAAAGAAGAUGAAGAAACAGUCAGAAUGAUCCGUAAUCUUUUUGGAGAAGAAUCAGUCUGUUACAGCAUGGUGCUGUUCACUCAUGGAGACGAUCUGGAGGAUGAAGAUCUCUCCAUUGACGACAUUAUUGAAAACAACAAGACUCUCCAUGACAUCAUCACUCAGUGUGGAGGAGGAUAUCAUGUCUUCAACAACAGAAAUAAAGAUCCAUCUCAGGUCAGAGAUCUGCUGGAGAAGAUCAACAGGAUGGUUCACAAAAAUGGAGGAAGCUACUACACCAAAGAGAUGCUGGAAGAAGCUCAGAGAAUUAAAAGAGAGGAACUCAGGAUUGUCCUAGUGGGGAAAACUGGAGCUGGGAAAAGUGCAGCAGGAAAUACCAUAUUAGGAGGGAAAAUAUUUAAAUCUUGUAUUAGCUCCUCAGCAGUUACAGAAGAAUGUCAAAAAGAAACACUAGUGUUCAAUGGUCAAAUGUUAACUGUAGUUGAUACUCCAGGUCUGUUUGAUACUUCUCAGAAUCAACUACAGGUGAAAGACGAAAUCCUCAAAUGCAUCUCAAUUGCUGCUCCUGGUCCUCAUGUUUUCCUGCUGGUGAUCCAGCCAAACAGAUUCACAGAAGAAGAACAAAACACGGUGAAAAUCAUCCAGGAGAUUUUGGGAGAAGGAUCACAGCAUUACUGUAUGGUGCUGUUCACUCAUGGAGACAAUCUGGAGGAGGAAGUCCUGUCCAUUGACAACCUUAUUAAAACCAACGACCCUCUCCGUGACAUCAUAGGUCAAUGUGGAGGAGGAUAUCACAUCUUCAACAACAGAAACAAGGAUCCAUCUCAGGCUCAAGAGCUGCUGGUUAAAAUCAAGAGGAUGGUUCAAAACAAUGAAGGAAACUGUUACACCAAAGAGAUGCUGGAAGAAGGCCUAAGAAUUAGAAGAGAGGAACUCAGGAUUGUCCUAGUGGGGAAAACUGGAGCUGGGAAAAGUGCAGCAGGAAAUACCAUAUUAGGAGGGAAAAUAUUUACAUCUAGUCUUAGCUUGUCAGCAGUUACAAGAGAUUGUCAAAAAGAAACACGAGUGUUAAACAAUCAAAUGCUGAGUGUGGUUGAUACUCCAGGUCUGUUUGAUACUUUUAAAAGUCAACAGCAGGUGAAAGCAGAAAUCGCUAACUGCGUCUCACUUAUUGCUCCUGGUCCUCAUGUUUUCCUGGUGGUGAUCCAGCCAAACAGAUUCACAGAAGAAGAACAAAACACGGUGAAAAUCAUCCAGGAGAUUUUUGGAGCGGAUUCCAAAGAUUACACUCUGGUUUUAUUCACUCAUGGAGACGAUCUGGAGGAGGACAAAGUCUCCAUCAAAAAAAUAAUUGAUGGCAACAAAGACCUGAAGACUUUCAUUAAUCAAUGUGGUAAAAGAUACCAUGUGUUCAACAACAAAGCUAAAGAUCCAGAUCAGAAAGAUCCAGAUCAGGUCACAGAGCUUCUCAAAAAGAUUGAUCAGAUGGUUAAGAAAAAUGGAGGAAAGGAAAAAUAUUACACCAACCAGAUGCUGCAAGCAGCAGAGGAAGCCAUAAAGGAAGAAAUGGAAAAACUGCAGAAGGAAAAUCCAAACAUGAGUCUUUAUGAAGCCAGAAGAAAAGCUGAGAAGAGCAACAGCUUCAUCCAUGGAGUUUUGGCCUCCGCUGGAAUUGUUGUAGGAGCAACUGGUGCUGGGAUCAUCACUGAAGUUGGUAUUGCUGCUGCUCUUGGAGCUACAUUAGGUCCAAUAGGAGCUGCUGUAGGGGCUGGUGUGGGCUUUGUGAUUGCAGUUACAGGAGCUGUAGUGAAGGAGAAGAAAUUAUGUAAAGUUCAGUGAAUAAUUACAGUAUGGAGUCACCUGAAGGUUAUUUCAGGAAUAAAUCACAAAAUUAAAGUAUCACUAUCAUUUAAUCAUUGUUGUUCAAAGACUUUACAAGAAAUAUUCAUUUUCAAGGUGAUAAAUGUUUAAUUUAGCAUGUCUAUAUAAUCAACACUGAUUACUGUACAUGUGAUUUCUAGGGCGGGUUGUGGAUAGAAAACUGGUGAUAUAGAUAUAUAUAACAUUUUUUGUGGAAUAAUAAAGAAAAUUAAAGAUACGGUGAUUUAAUUUACCACAUCAGAAAUGAAACCAUAGACAUAUAACUGAAAUCUGUUUUGUUGUGUUGGAAGAGUAAAAAUGUAAAAAAAAAAAAAAAGAAAGAAAAAAAAGAGAAAUACUAAUGUAAUCAAUUACUUUGAAGGGGAAGUAUGUCUUAACUUUGAUAAAUAUUUCUGAUUUAAAUGGCAUGUGGGUAGAAUUAAUUGUUUUCUGUUUGAGUUCUGAAAUAAGAUCAAAUAAAGUCACAGAAAAAAA